AUUAAAUAACAACAAAACUAUUUUUUGUUGUUAUUAAAUAUCUUUUUGUUCAAAUAUUAUUAUUAUUGUCAUUAUUUAUUGUUCCCUGACAUAAAUAUUCCUAAGUAAACAUUAAAACAUUACCUAAUCAAUGAUUAAAGUGGAUUAAACAUAGUGUUUAAUAGGUUAUAAAUUAAAUUGACAGCUGUCAUCUGUCAAUUUCUUCUUUUUUAGGUCAAAUUAAUACGAUUUAGGGAUUUCUAGGGGAAAUUGAAGCUCCCGUCUAGGGAUAUCCUGAAAUUUCAUCUGGCAACCCUGACACUGGUCCAUAGAAGAGUGCACUGGUCCACUGGUCUACUGGUCUGUGUUUGUGUUUGGCGUUUGGUUUUAAUUACUUUGUUAAAUUAUUUUUGAUAAACACAUUCAAAGUUUAAACAAUAAAUAAUGGAAGUAAAACAAGAAGUUAGUGAUGAGACGUGUCAAGCAGAAAUGUAUUAUAAUGCUGUUGAUGAGGGUCCUUUCGAUAUUUGUAAAAUUGAAAUUAAGAAUGAACCCCUAGCAGAAAGUAUACCUGAUACAUUUGAUUAUGUGACCUCAAAGGAAAUUCCCAUAAAAACUGAAAUAAAACAAGACGAACAUAAACUUAAGUCAUUUAAAGAAAGACAAACAAAUCCAGGAGAUUCUGUCCAAGACAACAAGAUGGAAAUUAAGAAGGCAACAACUGAACAUUCACCUCACACAGGAAAUUGUAUGAAUCCACAUGCUGAAGGAAAAACCUCAACGAAAAAUAUGAAAGUGGUAACUGGGAAAAGAUCGUACCAAUGUGAAAUUUGUUUUAAGCAGUUUAGUUCUGGAAGUAAAUUGAAAAGACAUUUGAGAGUGCACACUGGGGAAAAACCUUAUAAGUGUGAAAUUUGUUUUAUGAAGUUUAGUGUAAAAACUAAUUUGAAAACACAUUUGAGUGUGCACACUGGGAAAAAAUCUUAUAAGUGUGAAAUUUGUUUUAAGCAAUUUCCUCAUCCAUUUUCUUUGAAAACACAUAUGAGAGUGCACACUGGAGAACAACCUUACAAGUGUGAGAUUUGUUUGAAGCAGUUUUCUCUGAACGGUAAUUUGGCAAAACAUUUGGUGGUGCACACUGAAGAAAAACCUUAUAAGUGUGAAAUUUGUUUUAAACAAUUUAAUCGGACAAGUGAUUUGAAAAAGCAUUUGAGACUGCACACUGGAGAAAAACCAUACACGUGUGAAAUUUGUUUUAAGCAAUUUAGUAGAACAGAUACGUUGAGAAAUCAUUUGAGAGUGCACACUGGAAAUGGAGAAAAAGUAGAAAAACUUCACAAGUGUGAAAUUUGUGGUAAGCAAUUUAAUCAAGCAGGUAAUUUGAAGGCACAUGGGAGAGUGCACACUGGAAAAAAACCUUAUAAGUGUGAAAUUUGUUUUAAACAAUUUAGUCAGGCAAGUGUUUUGAAAAGGCAUUUGAGAGUGCACACUGGAGAGAAACCAUACAAGUGUGAAAUUUGUUUUAAGCAAUUUGCUACUGCAAGUCAUUUAAAGUCACAUUUGAGGGUGCACACUGGAAAUGGAGAACAAGUAGAAAAAUCUUACAAGUGUGAAAUUUGUUUUAUGAAGUUUAGUGUAAAAAGUAAUUUGAAAACACAUUUGAGAGUGCACACAGGGGAAAAACCUUAUAAGUGUGAAAUUUGUUUUAAGCAAUUUAAUCAAACAAGUCAUUUGAAAACACAUUUGAAAGUGCACACUGGGGAAAAACCUUAUAAGUGUGAAAUUUGUUUUAAACAAUUUAGUGAAGCAGGUACUUUGAGAAAUCAUUUGAGAAUACACACGGGGGAAAAACCUUAUAAGUGUGAAAUUUGUUUUAAACAAUUUAUUCAAGCACAGAAUUUGAAAAAACAUUUGAGAGUGCAUACUGGAGAAAAAUCUUCGGUUCGCUAAACUCAGACACAACUGGCUAGUGGUUUUAGUGGAUAUUUUUUUGUAUUUAGUAAUUAUUUAUAGACUAUAUAGUCUUUUUACUACAAAAGCACGCUUACGUAGGUCAAAAUUUCUGACGUAAGAGCACUGCCAAGACAUUAGAAUGCGACUUUUCAUCAUGGCCACGUUUAUGUCAUUACUUGUCAGCAGUGCUGUUUUUGUAACAAUAAAGGUUCCGGUACGCAAUGUUUCGGGGGGUCUGGGGAGGGUUCAUAAAGGGGGUCUGCCCCCGGGAAAACUUUUUAAAUUUAGCCUUAAUAAGGGCGUUUUAAAGCUAUUUGGGAGCAAGGAAGAAAUUCAGGAAUUUGUUUAUAAUUUAAUUGUGUUUUUAUUUUUUGUCCCAAAAGGUGCCGGUACGGCGCGUACCGUCACAAAAACAGCACUGCUUGUCAGAUAUUUUUCUUUGUUUUUGUUUACUGUACAAAUAUAUAUAAUUAUUUAAUAUUAAUAUUAAUAUAUUAUGUUAGUUAGUUUUUAUUACUUGCCGAAAUAUAUUAACAAUAUUUCAUAGUGUAGGUAUAAUCAAUAAAAUAGACCAUUUAAUAUUUUAAACCUACCUACUGCAAACUCUAAAAUUCAUAAAAAAACUUUCUAAUCUUUAAAUCUAAUAAUAAUCUUAUUUCUAAUAAACGUAAUCUAAAAAAUCUAAAUUCUUUAACUUACAUUUGAGUCCAUGAUUCUUUACCCGUGCGUCAUCAGGGCUGUUCCAACCAACAGUCAAACCAGUGAGAAAUCGACAGCAAACAGUUGGUCAGUGAGAGAACAUAACACACAAGGAUCUACAGAUCGGGCGAGUCUCGUAAAUUGCACGGCUUCGAGCCACGCUUCACGCAACCGUAUUUGCGUACUUGUGUUUUGGGUUGCGUGGUCGUGCUCUGGUCGAGUGGAGUUAUAAUUUACCAAAUUAAAAUAUAAUAGUUUCUACUGAUUCAUAAUAUGUAUACUAUAAUAUAAUGUAUUAAAGUUUUUAAAUAUUGCUAAUAUUAUUAAAGUUUUUAACAUUGUAUUUUUAUAUACUUUGUUUUAUUAAUAAUAAUAUUACCUAAGUAUUGCACCUUGUUCACAAAAAGUUCAAGAUAAAUACCGCGGUUUUUUCAUAUGAAAAUGCAAAGCAAAAUAUACAAUUUGCAGAGUAUGUAAAUGCUUGUUUUUUGAUAAAAUAAUACAAAUUGUAUGUAGGUAGGUAGAGUAGCAAAGCGUUGAGUAGUUAUAGCAAAAGUAGCUACGCCAUCUGAGACACGAUAAGGAUGAAAUUAGUUUUAUAUUUUCUUUUCUCAUGGAGCAUGCAUGAUGGAGAGUUUUUUAAAAUACGUAACAAAGCAUGUUGUUUUGUUAUCUAUGUUGCAAAUACAGUACAACCUGCCAUAUCCAGACCUCGCCAUAUCCGGACGGUUCUGCGCCGUCCGGAUCUACCGAAAUCUACCGAGGAAGGCAGUCCUGCUGUUGGACAACGCACUAAAAGAAGAACUAAAAGAUUGGGAAAUAAUGUAUUAUAGAAUCUAUAAAACGUGUCUAUCGAUGAAAGUUAUUGACAGCAUUGAUUAUUGAUUACUGGAAUGUAUGAAUGAGAAAACGUUUCAGAGACUGUAAAAGAAGAAGUGGUCUUGAUAUCCGGAUCGGUCUGUCGCCACAUUGAUCCGGAUACGGCAGGUUUUACUGUAUGUUGUUUUUUUUCAAAUUACAAAAUAUGUUGUUUUCUCAUUCUCAAAUUUAGAUUUCUCAUCCCAAAAAACCCCGGCUUACCAAAUUUCAAUAUUCAAGAUAAUAAAUAAAAUAAAAGUUUAAUUUUGACAAACUGUAUUUCGGUUAUUAUCAACUUUAGUACUAAGGUAGAUUAGCUUAAAUCGACCUAUUUUAAGCUCAGAAAUCUACGGUUAAGCUAUGGCCCAUUCUUUACCAAACACCAUGUAUGUUAUUACCUGGAUGUUUUCUUUUUACAUGUGCCGUCAAGUUAGAAGAGUUUCGAAAAGUUUAUGUUACACUUAGUACAACGAUUCAUUUUCUACUUACAACAAAAAGAACACUUUGAAAAUAAAACAAAAGUUUAAAUUAUAAACACAACACUAAAUAAAUAAUUUCUCUCAACGGUCAAAGUCAAAAACCACACUUAAAAGUUUUAGAAAUUUACACCACAUAAUCAAGUUACUCAAAUUUUCAAACACCUCACCUGACACAGUGUCUCAAGUACGAUUGCGCGAAGCUGUGCAAUUUACGAGACGCGCUCGACCUGUAGAUCCAAGUACAUAACACAUUCAUCAGUGCUAUCCCCUCUACUCGCGCUGGUCGACUAUUCUCUGAUAGUUUAUGACGGGUUUGGCCGCUAGUUGGAACAAAUCAUAAGCGUACGAAAUAAGUCGGAAAUCUAUUCCACGCAACAGCAAAUGACAGAAAGUGGGUACUGCUCCGAUCACGGAUUAAAUUUAAAAAUUUGACGUUGUCAAAUAAAUAGAACUUAAAAUUUUGGUGCAGAAUUACAGCUACAUUUGAAGUAGGUAACUUAGUAAAUUCUUUUAAUAUCAUUAGUCAUCAUCAUCAUUUGGCUCUACAACUCUAUGUGAGUCUUGGCCGCGUUUACUAUUUCCCUCCAUUUUUGUCGGUCCUGAGCAGAUAUUUCCCAUUGCUGUACCUACUCCCAUUUUGCGUAGAUCACUGGCUACUGCGUCUUUCCAUCUUUCUUGGGCGACCAACUGACCUUUUGCCAUCGGGCCUUUCCCAGAAUGUGGCGUUCAGAAAUUUUUUGUCACUCUAUCUUAACACGUGACCCGCCCAUCUUAUUCGGUUUGCUUUAAUGUAGCGUACUAUGUUUUCAUCUCCAUAUAUUGUCUGGAGUUCUCCAUUGUGUCUUCUUCUCCAUUCUCCUAUUGUAUCUUCUCUGCAAGGCCCAUAGGUAGUCCGCAGUAUCUUUCUUUCAGGUACCAACAAUUUUGUCGUUUAUAUCAUCAUCAUUAUCAUUAUAUCAUCAUUAGUGAUAUUAAAUAUUUGUUAUAAUUUUUAUAAUAUAAAUAUUUGAAAAUAAAAUAUUUUCUUUUUGUUAUUCAUUUCAAUUUUACGCAAACUUAAACAAAACCAUUCUUUAACUGUCAAUGAGGUUAACUUUGUAUGUAAAUUAAUUGCAAAAUAAAAUACACUUUCCAUACAAUUUCAAACUCCAGUAUAAAAUUGGUUGUAAAAAUAACUGUUUGUUUAAUAAUAUAAAUAACUUCUAAAUGCAAAAACAGGACAAUAAAACAACAAAAAGUAUGUAUAUAAACAUAUAUGUACCUACUUGAAAUCUGAAAAGCGUCAUUUUUGUACCUAUCUCUUUUCGACGUACUGAGUCUAGCGCGUUUAUAAAAAUAACAUGUGUCUUUACUUUAAUAACAGGCGGUAUCUGGUUUGUCUUUAGUUUCAUACGUGGAAGACAAUGAUGCUAGAUAAAAAGUAUGUGUUUUAUCUCACCAGGUAUUAAUGACGCACGGGUAAAGAACCCUGGACUCGAGUGUAGAGUCCUUUUCAUGAGCAUUUUUCAGUGCGUCACAAAUGAUAGAAAAAAAGGUAAGUCCGUGAUAUACAUUUAUGACAUUUAUUCUAACAUGACAUUUUAGUUAAAUCUGACAGUUGUCAAAUUUUAUUUGCAAUUUGGCAUAAAAACAAAUCAAUUGUGUUUAUUGCAUUUAUAAAAUCGUAUUUUCUUUGAUUUGUAUAGUCUUAUAAAUUGUACAGAUUAUAUUCGUAGAUAUAUUAUAUAAUUCGUAAAUAAUUUUUUCUUCGAUCCUAGCGCCAUCUAUUGACAACUAGAAUAAAUGUUGUAUAUAAAUGUCUGUAAUCACAGAUGUGCCUUUUUUCUGUCCCAUACAAUUUAAUGCGGUAGAAAGAAAUCGCACUGAAAAAUGCUCAUGAAAAGGAUUCUACAUACGUCUCUGCAGCUAAUGGUACAAGGGGACCCCAUUAUUUCGUUCUUGUUCAAAGUAAUCUAUUAAAGAAACAUUUUGAUUUGGUAUGUUUCUAACACAAUUACAAACACAACAAUAAUUACAAUAGUUUUUUAAAUUAAGCUAUAUUUAAUAAAAAUAGUUAUAAAAAUAGUAGUUUUUUAUAGCUACACUGUGAAUAAAAUUGUGUACGAAAUGAAGUAAAAAAUGUAGCAACACUGAACUGUCGUAUCAGUAGCGUACGAUUGUCUAAUAUAUUUAAAUAACAUUAUUAUUUCUGGAGUAGUUACCUUAAACGAUUGAUUCAUAAAAUUUAUAUUAUUAAUAAAAAAUGUUGGUUUGGUUAUACAUAUAAUUAUAAUAUAUUUCUAAAAUUCUGUAUGUAAUCGCGAUUACGAUUAUUCUUAUUAUAAUGCCAUGUUGACACUUAUGCAAGAUCGGACAGUUCCGCGUGGGUGUCUGUGCUAGAGAAAUGUCAAUUUUAAGUUGAUGUUUAUUUUCGUUAAUUAACAUUACAAAUAUUUCGGCGUAUUUAAUAUAUUUCGGCAAAUAAUAAAGGCCAAUUGACAUCAUUAAUUAAAAUAAAUAAUUAUAGAUAUUAUUUGUACAGUAAACAAAAACAAAGAAAAAUAUCUGACAAGUAAUGACAUAAACGUGGCCAUGCUGAAAAGUAACAUUCUAAUGCAGUGCUCUGACGUCAGAAAUUUUGACCUACGUAAGCGUUUUCUUGUAUACUACAUUCGCUCUCGCGAGAUUUUUUUUGACACAUUCGGAAUAGGAAACCUACAACACAAAAAUUCCUACCUCACACUAUUAACUGCUAAAAUCAACUUAAUCUUUCAUUAAAAAAAAGAAGAAUUAUUAGAAAUAGUGGGAGUGUCUACUAAUCUUAUAAAAUUUUGUGAAGUUUGUUUCUAUAAAAUAUUUUUAUUUUGUACAAUAAAUAAUUUUCUCAUUUGUUAUCAAUACAUUAUAAUGGUUUAAAUAAAUAAUUAUUGAUUGGCGUAAGGUUUAUGUUAUUUUUAUGUCUGUUUACUAUUAAUAAUAUUGGAUAUGAGCAGGUGCGUUGGUUUUGUAGUAAUUUCCAGUCACUACUGACAACUGAACUUUUCAAAAAAGAAAUUACUAAUGUCAGUGUUAAAAAAAAUCUCGCGAGAGCGAAUGUAGUAUAGUAAAAAGACUACUUGAAAUUUGUUUUAAGCAGUUUUCUCAGGCAGGUUCUUUGAAAACACAUUUGAAAGUGAACACUGGAAAGAACCAUUAGAAGUGUGAAAUUUAUAUUUCAGUAAUUUUUUCGAAAAAAGGGGUGACCUGGAAACUUUUCCGGGAGUUUUGAAAAUUGGUGAUUUGAUGGAUUUCGGUAUACUCCCGUUGAAUUUCAACUUUGCCACUUCGUAUAUCCGCCGCUUGCUCCGCCAUAUUGACAAAAUGGCGCCAAUAACAGUUUUUGGCGAAUAUCUCCUUUUUCGAAAAGGAGAAAGGCGACGCAUUUUACGAAAAAACAUUUAUGUACAAAACCUAGUUGAGAGAAACCUAGUAUUUGAGAGUGCACACUGGAGAGAAACCAUACAAGUGUGAAAUUUGUUUUAAGCAAUUUGCUACUGCAAGUCAUUUAAAAUCACAUUUGAGGGUGCGCACUGGAAAUGGAGAAAAAGUAGAAAAACCUCACAAGUGUGAAAUUUGCGAUAAGCAAUUUAUUCAAGCAGGUGAUUUGAAGACACAUGUGAGAAUACACACUGGAGAAAAACCAUACAAGUGUGAAAUUUGUUUUAUGAAGUUUAGUGUAAAAAGUAGAUUGAAAACACAUUUGAGAGUGCACACUGGGGAAAAACCUUUUAAGUGUGAAAUUUGUUUUAAACAAUUUAGUGAAGCAGGUACUUUGAAAAAUCAUUUGAGAAUACACACUGGGGAAAAACCUUAUAAGUGUGAAAUUUGUUUUAAGCAAUUUAGUGAAGCAACUAAUUUAAAAAAACAUUUGAGAGUGCACACUGGGGAGAAAUCUUAUAAGUGUGAAAUUUGUUUUAAGCAAUUUUCUCAUGCAUGUACUUUGAGAAAUCAUUUGAGAAUACACACAGGGGAAAAACCUUAUAAGUGUGAAAUUUGUUUAAACAAUUUGUUCAAGCAAAGAAUUUGAAAAAACAUUUGAGAGUGCAUACUUCAGAAAAAUCUUAAGUAUAGUCGGUUCGCUAAACUCAGACACAACUGGCUAGUGGUUUUAGUGGAUAUUUUUUUUUUGUAUUUAAUAAUUAUUAACUACUUAGUAAUAUUUUUUUGCCAGUUUUACCAAAUUGGCAAAAUUACUUACUAAAAUCACUCGCCAGUUGUGUCUGAGUUUAUCGAACCGACUAUAUAGUUUUUUUACUACAAAAGCACGCUUACAUAGGUCAAAAUUUCUGACGUCAGAGCACUGCCAAGACAUUAGAACGUGACUUUUCAUCAUGGCCACGUUUAUGUCAUUACUUGUCAGAUAUUCUUUGUUUUUGUUUAAGGCAAGCGUCCACAGGUCCGCAUCGUACGCAUCGGAUUAAUUUUUCAUACUGCGUCCACUGUAUCGGCAGCGAUCGGAUUGCCGAUGCCACUACCUGCUAGGGUAGAAAAACUACUAAGGUAGACUUUAACAUUGGUUGUUUAUUUAUUUAUUGGUUGUUUAUUUAAUUUAAUAAUUAAUUUAUGCAUCAUUUAUUAGUAUGAUAUUUUAAUGUAUCUGUUUAGUAAUAAAAAAUCUAUAAAAACGUAAAAUGUAUAGUUCUUCUUUAAAUAUCUACAAAACGAAACAUGCUAGGUACAUACAACCUGAUAUUAAAAGAAAGCCUGUAAUAUUUACUACAAAAUGCAAUACUAAUAUACAAUAUACAGGGUGUACCACUUAAAAAUGAAAAAAAAAUGUAUUUGCAAAUAGUGAUCACAUUGUAUUUUAUAUUGAUAUACUAUAUACCUAUGUCAAAGAUAUUAAAUUAUUUAAAAAUGACACUAUACUGAUAAAACUCUCAUAUGCCAUUUUAAAUAUUUCGAAAAUUAUUAACUUUGGACCUAUAAAACCUUACACAAACUCUACAUGUUUUUAAAAAAUAGAUUCAAAAAUUAUUUGUAAACAUUUUUUUAUCGGCAUAGUAAUAUUACAGCUUACACACCAAUUCUCUCGGUAGACCGCAAGCUAUAGCAGAAACACGAUGGUAGACCGCAUAAUAGAACCCAUUUUUCCAAGUAAUUAUACAUGUGAAUAUAAAGGAAUACACAAAGCUGUUACAGUUUGAUUUAAAUGGAAAAUAGUAACUAUGUAUAAUAAAGAAUGGCGGUACAGAGCCCAAUUUCAGAAAUAUGUUAGUAUGUGGAAAUUACUCUAUAACUAAAUAGAAUAUUUAAAAAAGGAGCCUGUACCGCCAUUAAGAAAGACAAAAAAUACACUUUAUUCAAAUAAACUUUUUUAUCCCGUGCCUAGAUUUUGGGCCACAUUGGAACUACUAUAAAAAUAUAUUUUGUUAUAACAAGAAAUCGAACGUCACUGACUUGGCAACUAUGUGUAUAAAAAUUAUUGUUUUUGAUAGUAUAAACGUCACUGUCAGUGUCGAAUUACCGACGCACUGUUGCCUCACUUUUGAAAGUUCGCAGAAAUUUCGCAAUCUUGGACCGCGUUUGUGGCUACCUGUUGAUCGCUACUGUGUACUCUUAAAUACAUUUUUUGGUUUUCUACUACUUGUAACACACUUUGGUUGCUUUUUCAUCUUUUGUGAGGGACAAUAAAAUGUCUCGCAUCAAUUUUACACUUCUCUCAGAAACAUCAUUAGCAAGUCUAAUAUUUUUUAAAAAGUUCAUGGUUGUGAUAGAAAAAUGUGUUGUUUUUUUAACGAGAAUAAUUUUCAUAGUUAGAUACUCAAGAUAUCUUGAAAAAGACUAAUAAACAUGAAAAGUGAGUAAUUUAUGAUAUUUUAAUCCCCAUAAUCAACGUAUCAUGGCCUGUAAUAUUUUUUUCUGAAUAUACCUAUAUAUAAAAUAACAUUUAAAACUGAGUUUACUUGUUUCAUUACGGACAAGACGAUCGUCAAAAUGCAAAUAGCCGUAUAUUAGCUCCCACUGGCCCAAGCGAAAUUCCGUGGGGUGCGUCCACUGAUCGGCAUUCCGAAUGAUUCAUCGGCACGCAUCGCAAAAGUUGCCUCUCCAAGCAACCCUUCGGCAUUCCCGAUGGUGCGAUCCGUACGAUGCGGGUCAGAGGACGCAGGUACAUAAGUUUUUGUACAAGGCAAACUAAAAUCCGUUGCGUACGAUGCGGGUCUGUGGACGCUUGCCUUUACUGUACAAAUAAUAUCUAUAGUUAUUUAUUCUAAUAAUAUUAUGUCAGUUGUUUUUUAUUACUUGCCGAAAUAUAUUAACAAUAUAUCAUAGUGUAGGUAUAAUCAAUAAAAUAGACUUUAAUAUUUUAAAACUACUGCAAACGCUAAAAUUCAUAAGAAAACUUCCUAAUCUUUAAAUCUAAUAAUAAUCUUAUUUCUAAUAAACGUAAUCUAUAAAAUCUAAAUUCUUUAACUUACAUUUGAGUCCAUGAUUCUUUACCCGUGCGUCAUCAGGGCUGUUCCAACCAACAGUCAAACCAGUGAGAAAUCGACAGCAAACAGUUGGUCAGUGAGAGAACAUAACACAGUCAUCAGUGCUAUCCCCUCUACUCACGCUGGUCGACUAUUCUCUGAUAGUUUAUGACGGGUUUGGCCGCUAGUUGGAACAAACCUAUUAUAUACACCAUCUGGAGAAUAUGCCAACCAAUUGUUAUUAUGAGGAACAAUUAGCCCAAAUGUGCACACUGUUUGUCCCGUUGCUUUGACAAAGCAUUCACGUGCUGCAGCUUCAUACUUCAACCCAUGCUUAACAAAUUUGUUUGUGAAAUGCUUUGGAUUGAAAUACUUUUCAGCUUUGGCGAUCCAAUCUUAACCAGCGUAGGUAUAUAUGCCGUAUAUUCUAGAUAAAGUAAUUCGAUACUUACGCUGUUCAUGCCAUUCUCUUUGAGACAUUUUUGUUGUAGUUGCAACAUGUUCUGUAUCAUUCAUAAAAUGAGAUUGCACAACAAUCCUUAAUCUCAACGGUUAAGCCUUCUAAUUCCAUCAUAAUAACAGAUUGGCUGGCAUUAUUAAGUAAUAUGUUCAGAUGUUGAUUGUUAUUUGGGUAAACUGUUUCUACACUGGUAGUUGGUAAUUCUCUUCUGCCUACCUUACAAUAUACAAAUACGAUUAAUGAUAACAAUGAUGAUAAAUUGCUAAGAAAUUACCGAUUCAAAUGUAAUGCAGAUUUUGGAGCAUGCAAUAAAAGAGUUUCUAAAA